CUUCUCGUCAGAAGAUCAUCGGCUCGGACUUAAGAUUGAAUAAGAAAUCAAUUCAGUUGAGUGUUUUCUUCAUUGCUCAGCGAACGUUGCGCUACUUUAAUAAAUUAAGAAUAUGAUAUUACUAAAUUGCCUAGUAAUAUGCCUGUGCAUAUUUUCCUGUGGAGCCCAGGACUCUUCCUUGGAUAAAUUGAUAUCGGACAUAUUUAAAACGGACGAAACACCCAAAGCAUCAUCCACUCCCCCUCCGGCGGUGAGCCCCAAGGAUUCUGGUAGUACGGGAUCCGGAAACGGAGGAUCCGGAAACGGAGGAUCCGGAAACGGAGGAUCCGGAAACGGAGGAUCCGGAAACGGAGGAUCCGGAAACGGAGGAUCCGGAAACGGAGGAUCCGGUUCAGCUCAGUAUCAGUCCUGUGGCGAUCAAAAGGAGUGUGUUCCUCGCUGGUUGUGCGCCAAUAAUACGAUUAACACCAGUGGCGAUGGUAUCAUAGACAUUCGAAUUAAUACGGAAUCCGACUGCAAGAACUACUUGGAUCUGUGCUGUGAUGUGUCCAACAAGAGAGAAGAAUCGAUUAUCAAAUAUAAGCCUGAUCAUCCCGAAGGCUGCGGUUACCAGAAUCCCAACGGUGUUGGCUUUAAGAUCACUGGAGCUGUCAACCAGGAGGCCGAGUUCGGAGAAUUCCCCUGGAUGCUGGCCAUUCUCCGUGAAGAAGGCAACCUCAACCUGUACGAGUGUGGAGGAGCUUUGAUAGCUCCCAAUGUGGUUCUGACCGCGGCGCAUUGCGUUCACAACAAACAGCCCAGUAGCAUUGUUGUGAGAGCUGGCGAAUGGGAUACGCAAACGCAGACUGAGAUCAGACCGCACGAGGACCGAUAUGUCAAGGAAAUAAUCUACCAUGAGCAGUUCAGCAAGGGAUCACUCUUUAACGAUGUGGCUGUCAUGCUGUUGGAAAGUCCAUUCACCCUCCAGGAGAACAUCCAGACGGUUUGCCUGCCCAAUGUGGGUGAUAAAUUCGAUUUCGAUCGCUGCUAUGCCACCGGCUGGGGCAAGAACAAGUUCGGCAAGGAUGGGGAAUACCAGGUUAUCCUGAAGAAGGUCGACAUGCCCGUGGUGCCCGAGCAGCAGUGCGAGAAAAAUCUGCGCGAAACUCGCCUCGGCAGGCAUUUCAUUCUGCAUGACAGCUUCAUUUGCGCCGGCGGUGAGAAGGACAAGGACACCUGCAAGGGCGAUGGUGGUUCCCCGCUGGUGUGUCCAAUUGCUGGCCAGAAGAACCGCUUCAAGUCCGCCGGCAUCGUUGCCUGGGGCAUCGGAUGCGGCGAGGAGAACAUUCCCGGAGUUUACGCCAGCGUGGCCAAGCUACGUCCGUGGAUCGACGCCAAAUUGAAGAUUUGGAGUAUUGACCCCAGGCACUAUACACCCUAAGAGCAAAAUUGUUACUUGAAUUUUUGGGUUUAAAUUCAUACUUCAGAUUGCUCUCACUUAAUAUAUGCCCAAUAUGUUAAUACUCAAAAGUUAAAAAA